ACAGGACAGGAUUUAAUGACGGAAGGUGGAGCGUAGAGCGGAGGGGACUACAUGUCCCGUGGUGCAGUGCGGCCUCAUUGCCCCGGAACCUACGGCACGUGUGUGAUGGCUGGCAGGGCAGCUCUGAGGGCUGUGAGCACUCUCGUCAGCCGGCCAGGGGCAGUGCAGCUACGGGGCUAUGCCAAGAAGCCGGUUGCUAAAGGAAAGGGAAAGGGAUUUGUUAAAGAGGUUCAGAAAGGACCUGACGUCUGUAAAGACCCAGCUCUCCUGACCACACAUGCCAUGGGGGUGAAUAUCUACAAGUCUGGGUCAGAUGUGAAGCUGAAGGACGAUUCCCAGUACCCUGAAUGGCUUUUUCAGUUGGAUUUGGAGCCACCUAAACCUUUGGAAGAAAGAAGUCCAGAUACUCCUCAAUACUGGAAACUUCUGCGAAAGUUGCACAUGUGGAGAAACAAUCGUCUAGCCAAGGCCAAGAAGUUUUAAUAAUCAACCUAUAAUCUUAUAAAUGAACAAACCUCUGAAAAUCAUAAUUAAAUCAUUUUUCUUUAUAUACUAUGUGUUCAGUUAACUUUUAAAAAUGCAUAAAAACAAAAUCAAGUUUA